UAGAGAAUUAACCUUCAGAGUGCAGCGGCUCUGGGAGAAGGGUGGGUGGUACUUCCUGCCGUCAGGCUGAAUGAGCCGCCGCUUCCUGAGUAACGUGGAAUGGAGAUGGAGUGUGGGCGAGCCCAGCGAAGGUACGUACAGUGACAGGCUAAGACCAAAAUACUGGAAAACUCUGCAAAGGACCUCCAGACAACAGGAAGAAAAAUGGCUACAGAGUUUGAUUUGACACCGCCAGAAGUACCCGAGCCCACCUUCUUUGACAAUGUCCUGCGAUAUGGCUUGUUCCUAGCGGCAAUUUUCCAAAUCGUCUGUAUAUUAUCAAUCUUGCUGCCUUCUAAAUCAUCAGAACCUGAGUGGGAACAAUCUGAGUUGAAGCCUUCAGAUAUCGCUAAAAAGCAGAAGCCUACGACUCCUUCAUCAGGAAAGAAAACAAAGAAAGAAAGCAAGAAAAAGAGAUAAAUGACUGGAAGUCAACCAGAAGAGAAAUAGCAACAACGUUUCUGUCAUGGUUCAUGUUUUGCAUUCAUUGUUCCUGAAUUUCUUUUUAAUUCACUACUAUUUAUACAUUAGAGUUGCACAGUUGUUUUUCACAAGUGUUUGAACUAAAGCUGUAAUUUUCAUAUACUGUCUCUCCUGCAGCCUCUAGAGAAUUAAAAAGAUACCAACUUGUAACCAUCUUUGUUAUGCUAGUCACUUGAAUAGUUACACAUGAAUCACUAAGUACUGCUACGGGUUCUUCUAUAUUUCAAUUGCCCCAUUCUUAUAUACUACAGUGCAACUGUUCUUUUAUUAUUAAUAAUCCCUGUAUAGAAACAAUGCAUAAAUUUACCACUGGACAACAAUACUGCAUCUUUUAUAAUGAGCAGGGACAAAUCAUCCAUCAAGUCACUGUGGGCAGUGAUACACUAGACAUGACUUAACAUUUUUAUUCUGUAGGAACCAUUAGAACUUCAAGACCUUAAACCUCCAUGAGAGUGCUCUUGGUCUCCUGUAGUAGACGUAUGACUCCUCACUGGAAAAGCCCUUUGUUUUGGUUCCUUCUCUAAUAACGUCAGCACCAGAGUUUCUAUUACUUAGAGAAAUGAAAUUUUUAACUUGAUGUUCUGCUUGGCUGAAUGGAACUGACGCAUUGGUAGUGUUAUCAAACACAUUAAAAUUAAUUUCCAAAUGUGCACAAAGCAGCCCAGCAAUGUGUUUUAGAAGAUGAAAGAGCACAUUGGCUUUGUGCUUUCUGUUUUGGUCUAUGAAACAGUAAACCAGUUGAAAUCUAUUUCUUAUCCUCUCUGCUCCUUAAAAAUCCUCCUGUCCAUGGAUUUAAAGGCAGAAACUUAUUGGCUAUUUUGUCUCUUGUUGCAUUUGAUUUUCAUUGGCAUUCAAUUUGAGAUUUCCCAUUUAUUUUGCAGCAGAUGUUCAUUGCACAGUUGUUCAUAUGAAAAUCAUAAAUUAUAACUAAACACGAGAUGGAACUUUCCUCUGCAUUUCCAAAGAAAUUAAUAAAAUGGAGAGCUUCUCAUCA